CCUCGCUGGCAAUGUUGUCACUUAGUCAUCUCCUGACCUUUGUACUGCACACAUACGAUAUGUUGACAAAGAAAGAAAGCAGUCUUGCUGAGAUCGAUCGAACGUGCGGCGUCUGCGUUGAGUAGUUGUGAACGGGCUUGAAAGGAUCAUCUGUUAAACCAGCAGAAAUGAUUUAUUCGAAGCUUAGACCUCAUUUGGUUCGUCAUUCCUUGGUCAGUUUGCACGGACAGUUGGUACCAAAACAUGGAGUGUUGUCUGUACCAUCUUCAAGAUUUUAUAGUCACCAAGAGAGCCUACCUAAUCUACCAGUACCAACACUGCAACAAACUUUAGACAAAUAUCUGAAGACAGUGACUCCAUUGGUAAAUGAAAGUGAGUUUAAUCAUACACAGAAGUUGGUGCAGGAAUUUGGAAAAGCAAAUGGCAUAGGGGAAAAGCUGCAAGAAUUGUUGCUUCAACAUGCAGAUAAAAAGGAAAACUGGUUGUCUGACUGGUGGCUUGAUGAAGCUUACUUGAAGUCUCGUGCUUCUGUUGUUAUUCAUUGUAGUCCUUCGGUUUCUUUUCCCAAAUAUAAAUUUUCUGGAGUUAAAGGUCAAGUUGAACAAGCUGCAAAAGUUGUAGCAGCUAUCCUUGAUUACAAAGUCAACAUUGAUAAUGAGACACUGCCUGUCGAAAUGCUUGGUGGUAAACCACUUUGUAUGGAUCAAUAUUAUCGUAUUUUAUCAUCAUGUAGAAUCCCAGGAAUUGAAAAAGAUGGUUCAAGAUGCUAUGCCAGAUCAUGGAGACCACCACGUCAUAUUACUGUCAUAUGCAAGAACAAGUACUUUGAAUUGGAAGUUUAUAACAGAGAUCGUACACCACUAACUAUUAGACAGUUGGAAACACAACUCAGUCGUAUUGUUACUGCCACAAAUGGAAUGCCACGCUCAGAUCCAGUUGGAAUUCUAACAUCAGAAGAUCGUGAUACUUGGGGUUCUGCUUACCAAACAUUAAUGGAAGAUCGCCAAAAUCAGGCAUCCGUUCGUUCCAUUCAGAGAUCAAUUUUUGCCCUUUGUCUGGAUGAGCGAUCAUCCAAAGUUUCUGAGAAUAGAUGGAGAAGUGAUAUGGCCGGUCGUUGCUUGCAUGGAGGUGGGAGUCAAUACAACACAGGGAAUCGAUGGUUCGAUAAAACUGUGCAAAUGAUUGUAGAUCAGGAUGGUGGAGUGGGUCUUGCUUAUGAGCAUUCACCAGCUGAAGGACCUCCAAUCGCUGCAUUGCUUGAUCAUGUGUAUAAGUAUUGUGAUGAACCAAUAACACAACCAAGAUCUUCCAUUUUAUCUCUUCCCCAUCCAAAGUUUCUCCCAUUUAAUAUUAAGGAGGACACAAAAAUGAGAAUUGAGAAUGCCUCCAUGAAAGUGGAUAGUUUGAUCAACAAUCUCACCAUUGAAGUUCUAAACUUCAAAGAUUUUGGAAAAGAUUUCAUAAAGUCUCAAAAGCUCAGUCCAGAUUCAUUUUUUCAAAUAGCACUGCAGCUAGCUUACUAUACCCUCCAUAACAAACCACCUGCGACAUAUGAAAGCGCAUCACUGCGAAGAUUUCGACUCGGAAGAACAGAUACCAUUCGCUCUUGUUCCAGCACAUCUCAAGCAUUUACUGAAGCUGUAGUUUCAGGAAAAUCUUCUGUCCAAGACCUUGCAGCAAAGUUACGUGAUGCAGUCGCUGCACAUCGUGCUUACACUGUGUGUGCAGUGUCUGGUAAUGGAAUUGACCGACAUUUGCUUGGUCUUAGAUUAAUUGCAACCAAAUCGGGUCUCGAAACGCCAGAAAUCUAUAACGACCCAACGUACAAAAAGGCAAUGAGUUUUAACCUUUCAACUAGCCAGGUUCCAUGCAAAGCUGAUUUAUGCAUGGCAUUUGGACCUGCAGUUAAUGAAGGAUAUGGUGUAUGUUACAACCCUAAAAAUAACAAAAUCUUGGUUUCCAUUUCUGUAUUCAACACAAUUCCAGAAUAUAAUACUGUUAAAUUUAAGAAUACGCUGAUCUCUUCGUUGCAACGCAUGAAAGAUAUAUUGGUGGCUGCCUCACCAAAACUUUAAUCUUCUUUUUCACCCAAUAUACAAUAUGCAAGUGAAAUCAUUAAAAUAUAUGUAUAUCAACAUUACUCCAGUAUGUCAUUGUCAUCAAAGAUUAAAGAUGAAGCAGUUCUAAUUAAGUAGCUUAAAAUACUGCACAUUCGUCACCUGGUGCAAUAAUGCAUAAGAAACAAUCAAAACCUUAUUGUAUUUAUAACCGCAACAUUAUGUGUUAAACAAUUUAUUUUACAUCGUUAGAAAUGUUUCUCUGUUAUCGGUAUGUGUUAUUACUCAUUUAUGUAUGUAAGGUGAAGUUUUGCGUGUUUGAUUUGUCGUUUUUGUUUAAUUUCUUUUCACUGAAACUGGAUGCAAUUGAAAGUGUUAAUUAAUAUACUGUUUCCCUUGAACCAAGUGUUUCA